AUGAACAACGCACCUUUUCCAGAGGUGCUUCAGCUAUAUCACAACCUCAGCACAUCGGCCGUAAAGGGCUCUAUCGUGAGAACAACAACGAUCAAUCAACCAAACUCCCAGGACACUACUGCUACUCUAUCAGACAAAACAUAUCUCCCAGGCCAGCCACAGAUUGCGCUACACGACCCAAAGCUACCGAGCUAUCUGCUCUCGGAGUUUGUCACCAGCGAUCUGAAUCGUCUCGCGCCGCACCUCUGGCUCGUCGCGAAACAAGACAGCACGCACAUCUCGUCGCUCACAGAGCAGGCCGUGCGCGGUCGUCGCGUAGUCAUUACGGAGAACCCAGAGCUGCAUCUAGUCUGGGCGCACGAUAUCGUUCAUCUCAAACCGAUCCCCAAGUAUCUCCUCUCGCACGCCUUCUGGACGUUCUAUCUCACAGGCCCGAACCGCGUUGUGCAACAUGAUGCUAUGCGACAGAAAAUCGCCAGAGGCGCAUUAGGCUUCCUGCGCUCGUACUUCUAUCUUAUCCGACAUAAAUCAGACUUCCUCAUGGCAACAGGUGAUACCAAUCUCCGCCUACUUCCGCGCGGUGUGCGAUACUCACAGUUUAUGCGCUUCAUUUCCACCUUUGAAACGGUGCAAGAUGUCGACGUCUCGCCGCGGUAUCAAUUUGGCGAGUUGCGACUCACGCGUCUGAACCUGUGGUCCAAGGUAUUCCUGCAACGGCUCCAUUUCCACAAGAUGUAUUGGCAGUAUAGCGCUCUGUUCGCGAAUUAUUACGGUCCGCUGUGGUUUGUCUUUGGCUGGUUCAGCAUUGCGCUCAAUGCGAUGCAGGUGGCGCUGGCGGCGGAUGGGACCAACUCGGCGUCGAGUGCGUGGUAUGCCUUUGCUAGCGUGUCGCGGCCGUUCGCUGCAGUGACGCUUUUUGUUAUCCUGUUGUCGACGGUUUAUCUCGCGGCGAUGUUUGUGGUUCAUUUGGGCGGCGAGUUGGUGUAUGCGUUAGGGGAUUUGUAUAGGAAGAAUCGUAUGAGCACGGGCGGCGAGCAGACGAGGGACAAAGGCGGACCGUAA